AUGGAGACCAGGGAGUACAAAUCCCUGCACCAGAACCUCGAGGAAGAGGCUGUUUUUAGUGGUGCCAGAGUGCAGAAUUACAAUGGGGAGGAAAAGUUCCAGAGAUCCCACAAGAGGAGGGGCUGCAAACCCAGCCCAGGCUGCUCUGAGAAGGAAAGAACCGCAUUGAGCCAGGAAGGUGGACAGAGCUUCAGCCAGAGCUUGGAGCUGGUGGCUCAUGAGCAACUUCAUGAUGGGGAGAAGCCCUACAAGUGCUUGGAGUGUGGGAAGAGCUUCAGGCGGAGCUCCCACCUGAUCAGCCACCAGAUAAUCCACACAGGGGAAUGGCCCUACAAGUGUGGGGAGUGUGGGAAGGGCUUCAGCUGCAGCUCCGCCCUCAUCACCCACCAACGCAUCCACACUGGGGAGAGGCCCUACGAGUGUCCCCAGUGUGGGAAGAAGUUUCAGACCAGCUCCAAUCUCCUCCUACACCAGCGGAUUCACACAGAGGAGAGGCCCUUCCGCUGCCCUGAGUGUGGGAAGGGCUUCAAGCACAACUUUACCCUCAUCAGGCACCGGCACAUCCACACUGGGGAAAGCCCCUACGAGUGUCCCCAGUGUGGGAAGAGCUUCUCAGACCGCUCCUUGGAGCUGGUGCUCCAUGAGCAGAUCCAUGAUCGGGGGAAGCCCCACAUGUGUGUGGAGUGUGGGAAGAGCUUUAGGUGGAGCUCCAAGCUGAUCCUGCACCAGAGGAUCCACACUGGGGAAUGGCCCUACGAGUGUGGGGAGUGUGGGAAGAGCUUCCCACUGAGCUCCACCCUGAUCCUGUACCAGAGGAUCCACACUGGGAGGCCAUACGAGUGUGGAGAAUAUGGCAAGAGCUUCAGCCGGAGCUCCAGGCUGAUCAAGCACCAGAGGACCCACACUGGGGAGAGGCCCUACGAGUGUUCCAAGUGUGGGAAGGGGUUUCCAACCAGCUCCCAUUUCCUCUGCCACUAUCAGAGUCACACAGAGGAGAGGCCCUUCCACUGCCCUGAGUGUGGGAAGGGAUUCAAGGAGAACUCCACCCUCAUCACCCACCAGUGCAUCCGCACUGGGGAGAGGCUCUACGAGUGUGAUAAAUGCAGGAAGAGGUUUCUGACCAACUCCAGUCUCCUCCAGCACUAUUGGAUUCACAGGCCCUUCCAAUGCCCGGAUUGCGGGAAGGGAUUCAGGCACAACUCCACUCUCAUCAGACACCAUCGCAUGCACACUGGGGAGAGGCCCUACAAGUGUCCCCAGUAUGGGAAGAGCUUCUCCAGCAGCUGUAGCUUGACCCAACACCAACAGAGGCACCACUAA